ACAGAUUUCCAGCACAAGAUAACCGUGCAGGCCUCCCCCAACUUGGAUAAAAGGAGGAGUCUGAACAGCAGCAGUCCCAGCCCACCCAGCAGCCCCCCGGUGAUCCCCCGGCUCCGAGCUAUCCAGUUGACUUCAGAUGGAAGCCAUAAAGCUUGGGGCAGGAGCACGGUCUCUCGACAUGAGGAAUUUGAGGAUGUAAAAAGGAACUUCAAGAAAAAAGGCUGUACUUGGGGACCAAAUUCCAUCCAAAUGAAAGAAAGAACUGAUUGCAAAGAAAGGAUAAGACCUCUCUCAGAUGGCAACAGUCCUUGGUCAACUCUCUUAAUAAAAAGUCAGAAAACCAUGCCCUUGGCUUCAUUGUUUGUGGACCAACAAGGGGCUUGUGAGGAGCCAGAACUUCUCCCCGACGGAUCAGAACACAGAAAGCCAAAGCAGUUAGAAUUGCCCGGUCAGGCCUGCUCAGAUCUACCUCUUUGGAAAGACAGUCCGAGAGAGAAUGCACUGGAAGCUGGAAGCUGGCAGGAGGAAGCCCCUGCAAACUGUGUCAUGGACUCUCCCCAGGUGGCUCCUGCUGAGAGCCUGAGCAGACCCCCCCAGAGAAAGAGAACGGAGGUGGCUUUGCUCGGGUGCACCGCUCUGCUGGCCUCGGUGGCCCUGGGCCUGGAUGUCCGGGAGCUCCAGGCUGCUGAAGAUCGGCUGCCCAAGGAGGAGAAGAGGAAAUGGGAGGGAAUCUUCCAGAGGGCUUCCAGGUGCCGCACAAGUGCUAGUCCUGCCGCACAGCCACCAGCUCUGGGUGGGGAGCCCUGCAGUCCCCCAUCACCACCACUGCCAGGUGCGGGGAGCCUUUUCUCUGUGCCUUCUCUCUCCACCAAGUGCCUGCUGCAGUCGGACGGGGAGGACACCUUCAUGGGCAGCACAGCUGUCACCUGGGACCCCAGGGUGCCCACUCCAGAUGUCUGUGCUGACGUCCCAGGAAGUAGUCAUGAGCCAGCCCUCUUGCCAAGACUCGAGACCCAUGGCGGUGUGUUGAAAAGCCCAUCUCCUUCCUUCCCAGAGCAGUCACCUGGGAAUGUGCCUUACGCUGCUUCAAAAGAUAGAGCAUCACACCACGGACAGACCAUGUCUGAGGGGAAUCCUUUUCAGAACCCAACUGGUGCGGAUACUAUCCCGGCUCCUGGAGUCUGUGAACUGCCAGCCCACUCCUCCCCUAGUGCUCACAGUAACCUGCCAGGUGAGGUCUCACCUGAGAAACACAGAGCUGCCAGUACUGUGCCUCGGCCACGCCCACGCCCUGCCUCCCUGAGAACCCGAUCGGAUCCACCGCAGACUCUCACCCAGACAGUGGCACCUCUGCCUGCACAGGCCGACCAUGUACUGGACCAUCCAGGACUAAGCCCUGCCCGUUUGCUCAGUGCCAAGGAGAGAACUAAAUGCCACAUGCCUUCGUUACUGGAUGCUGACGUGGAAGGUCAGAGCAGGGACUGCACUGUGCCCCUGUGCAGAAUGAAGAACCAGACCAGCCGACCGUCUAUUUAUGAACUGGAGAAAGAAUUUCUGUCUUAAAUUAAGUGCCUUGUAUUGCUGGAGCAUUUCUCUUUUUAAGGUAAACAUAUGAGACAGUGUGUCCAGCUGGGAGUUGUUUGAUGCUGCUGUGUUCUCAAAAGCUGUGGCCUCGAUACUACAUGGGUAAGGGGUAUCUGACUUCUCCAAAAUGCAUGUGAUUGCAUUAGCUAUCUGUAUUGUAUUUUCCACUGGACCCUUAUCUAGUAACUUGAAAUACACUUUAAAGUGUAAAGCAAGAAAUGUGCACCAGUGUAAAACUAGGCUGGGUAGAGUCACCUUGAGCCCUGUCUUAGUGCUUGGUUAGCAUUUCUCUCCUUGUCCGAUAAAACACAACAGAAAUUGUAACGGGUUCACUGCCUUUCUUUCCUUUCUGCCUUCGUCCCUUCCUCUUUUUUCUCUCCUUUUCUUUUCUUUUUUGUUAUUUGGGCAACAGAAAGCCAAGAAAGACUUAUUAGUGUCUUGGCAAGAAUAAUGUGAUAUUAGUAAG